AUGGGUCCAUCGUUGCUUCACUUGAUAGCCGUCUUUGUGGCCGUCCACGUGAUCCAAUGCCAAGCGGUUUGCAACAGACAAGCUUCACUUGAAUGGCACCCUAAACAACACGCAAUCCAAGUCAAUUGGACCCUCGUAGGAAACAUCUGUAGGAGCGUUACUGAGUGUUGGAAUUCUCCGGGGGGAGAGGAGUCAACUACCCCUGUCAUUUUCCCACAGAUCUGCCCACUUCAGCUGCAACAUGGAGACAAACUGCUGAUGUCUGCUGAUGAAACACUGAAGUCAUACGGCUUCACACUCCUCAAUGUGUCAAAGGAUGAAUUUGAGAGUUGUUCAACGAAUAGACAAAUAAAAGACCAGUUUAUUUUCCCCCACACUAUAAAUGGAACGAAGCAAGUUGAGGCCAAGUGGCUGGUCCCGGGUCAUCAUUACUUCAUCGCUCUGCAUGAGGGGGAAACGCAGCUGUGCAAGCUUGGCCUACGGCUCAACGUGUCUGUUAAAACGCAACUUUGUCAGGGUUCUCCUCUGCUUCGGCUUUGUUCGGGGAGCGGUGUUUGUCAAACAGGCCUCUGGGAUGGUGCGUACCGCUGUCGAUGCCACCACCACUACUCUGGGAGUUUUUGUGAAAAGUCUGAUGCCUGUUUGGAUAACCCGUGUGAAAACAAAGGGGUCUGUUUGAGCAAUGGAUCCACAGAUCCAAACCACAGAACAUAUAAAUGUCUGUGUCCUCCGCAUUUUACAGGGGUGAACUGCUCCGAAGUCAUUGGAAAAGAAAGCUGUGACAGAAUUUGUGAAAAUGGGACAUGCGUUCAAGGAUCGCCUGCAUCCUUUAAAUGCAUCUGUGACACAGGAUCCUCUGGCCCUCUGAUUGUGUCUGUUGCCGAUGGUUCUGUGGUCCCAGCCGCAGGAGGCUUUCAGAAACCUGUGCAGCCCCUCACCAUGUCUCAACAACGCCACCUGUGUGUCCAGGGGGAGAUGAGCCAUUUCUGCAGAUGUCUGAGUGGGUUUUCCGGGAAGAAUUGUGAAGAAAUAAUUGACUACUGCAGGCUGCUCAAUAUCAACUGCCUGAAUGAGGGAUUGUGCUUGAGUGUAAUUGGCCGGUAUCAGUCUCCUCCAAUGUCUGUGUUCUUUACAACACCUGAGACUGCUCCUAAUGCCCCAUAG